AUGGUCACCGUAGCAGUGGCCGGAGGCACAGGCGGCAUCGGCCGUACAAUCGUCGAAGAACUCGUUCGACGAGGCAAACAUCAAGUUUUGAUCCUAAGCCGAAGCGCAAGCAAACUACUAGGCCUCGAAUCCGUGCCAGUCCUCGAAACAAACUACGAUGACGUCGCAUCAAUGAAAGACCUACUCCAGAAGAACAACAUCGAAAUCGUCAUAUCCGCACUCCGCCUCUUCGACAAACCAGGCGCAGACUCGCAGAUGAACCUCAUCCGCGCCGCAAUCGACGCCGGCAACGUAAAGCGCUUCAUGCCCAGCGAGUACGGAGUCAACUACUCCCAGCCCGGCAUUCUCGACGUGUAUCCUUCCGCAAAAUGGUGGCUUGACGCCGCCGACCUACUGCGCAGCUCCCAUCUCGACUUCACACGCGUAUUCUUGGGCUGGUACUCCGACUACUUUGCCAUGCCGCAUGUCAAGUCCAACAUGAAACCUUUCAACUACGCUUUGGACUUCAAGAAUAAGAAGGCGGUGCUGCCAGGUGAUGGCAAUUCGGCGGUCUCGUUCAUCCACUCGACGGAUUUGGCGAAGUAUAUUGUUGCGACGUUGGAUGAUGAGAAGAAAUGGCCGGAGCUUAGUCCUUUUGCUUCUGAUGCGAUGACGUGGAAGAAGGCUGUUGAGUUGGCGGAGAAGGUUACGGGCACGAAAUGGGACAUCACCUACGAUACCAUCGAAAAGUUGGAGAAGGGUCAAGCUACGGUGCUCCAGCAGCCAGAAGGCUCAUACGAGUUUCCUCCGGAAUUCAUUCAACCAUUGGUCGUCGAGUUCAGCAUGUUGGCUGUACGUGUGAACAUGGAUGUCUCGAAGGAUGGACUGAGAAACCAUGAGUUUCCCCAGAUUCACCCGAUUGGUGUCGAGGAGUUGAUGCAGAAGGCCUGGGGAAGCAAAUGA